UGCGUCCAGAGCGAAAGUGCGGCCUCGAGAGCACCCAACGCGUACGUCGAGUUGCUACGCUGGCACGCACGCAAAUUCAAGCUGGUCGGGUCUCGCUUCGUCUGCUUCGGUGAACUACAUUGAAAAUUGGACUGCUUACACAAGAUCAAGAAUACGUAAUGGAGGAUGUCCAGCGAAUUCUAUCGGGCCCGCGCAGCGGAUGGAACUCUCACGACUCGAAAGGACCACCGGCAGCCUACCGAGACGUUAGUCAUCCGUGAAGGAACGAGAAGGAGCGAUACAUGUACUCACGUUGUUAUUAGAGAACCAUUACGUCGCGUCACCGAAGACGGCAUAAAUACACGUGCUGCUCUAUGAGAGUAGGAACUCUACGUUGUGCCGAGGGUCGACUCGGGGCUUGGUUUCCUGUACGUGUGCAUCGUCGACCUGGAUCUGACCCGUGGACGACGAAAUGUUGGCACCCGAAAGCACUGCGGAGACGUCGGCCAGGUCGCCCAGCGCUUGUUGUAGCGCGUUGACGAGGUCCCAUUCCGCGCUGAACCACGUGACGAUCCCGUUCGAAUCGAACGUGAAACGGUACUUGCCCUGGAUAUUGAUGAUGCUGCCCGACAGCUUCUGCGUGAGCUCCAGGUCGCCGUUUAGCGACGGAUAGAGCGUGACGACGCCGUCUCGCCGUGCGCGGAUGCUGAAGAUGGAGUCGACCACGACGACCGUGAGGUCGCCGACAGUUGUGACGUUAAUGGACAGCGGGUCGUACCUCGUGUACGCGAAGAAUUGGCAGAAUCGCCGCCACUGUGUGACCACGGUGUCUACGCCCACGUAGUCCGGACCGGUGGUCUCCGAUGUCAUGACGGCCCGCAGGUAUUGCUCCUGUUGGUCGAUAUGCAUCGGAGAUACGCUGUACUGGAACAGCCGGAAAUAUUCCAUGGCCACGCGAGCCGGCACACCGCCCGUCGUGCCGCGCGACGCGAAAAAAUUGUUAUCUAUUAGAAGUUUGUGACGCUGACGGUUGAGUGUAUCAACCUCUGCCGCCAGGUUCUGCACCUCAAGCUCGAGCGUGGUUAUCUUCUGCUUCUGCUUGGCGCGGUGGCGGCGUUGGUGGAGUUUGUAUUGAAGCCGGCGCCGUAGCACUUUUUCGUCUACUUCCUCGUCCAGGGCGGCGCCGGCACGGGCCUUGCCCUUACCGUUGCCUGAAGUACUGGCGGACGACGCGGCGUUCUGACUCAUACGGGAAGUUGAGAAGUGUCCGCCAAGUCGGGCGUGGCGUUCUUUUGGGGUGUUUCUCUUCAAGACUUAGGAGCGCGAACGAGAUGUGGAGAUUUCGGGGAGGCUGGUCCGUCCGCCCGGCUGGCUUGCUCGAUAGUGUAGGACAAUACAGGCGGCGUGCAGAGACCAAGGAGUUGUGGACUGCGAGUGGAGGGAGUGCGUGAGGCCUGGCUGGCUGGCUUCGCGAUCGCAAAUGGUUUGCAUAGAGCUGAUGGCGCCCAGCAGCAACACGCGUGCAAAUGUUGACAGAGGUGGACGUUUUGGCUGGCCACGUGGAUUUUUGGUGGAUGGGCUCUACUGACUCAGCGACAUACCGUGAGUCAGGAGCAGGAGAACGCCGUCGUCGUUUUUGGUUGAGUUGUUCAGGUCGGUCUUGCAGCGAAAUAGCAUGAGCAACACGGUGACCUUCACCAUUAAGUUGGUCGGCGUCUGCAUUGCUCACAUCAGUUGCGAAGUCGAGGCGGUCGCGGCCGGCCGUCGUGGUUGCUUGACCGCCUGACCUCCUCGGUGCUCCAUGUCGUUGAAGUCGUGUCGUCGUGGACUGCUCUCUGCGUGAUUGCCAGCAGGACAUUCACGCGUGUGAACUCGCGACUCGACCAGCAACCAAAAGCUGACAUCUGCAUUGCACGGGCCGGCAACGAUACCAAUAGCACUGCGACAGCUUGGCAUCUGCUCGCAAACGUCCAAACAGGAAACAUGAAGCAGCAGUUUACACGCAAUCUCGGUGGGGAAACCCGAUCUGCUCGUAAACAAACAGCAAAGGAUGGCAACGGAUGUGUCCGUGAGGAAGUCGGUCCCCACCAAAAAUUCGAUGCACAUCAAGAAGCUCACCGCGGACAACAACGGCUCUUUUGCCUCGCGAAGUUGCGAGCACUGCACACUCCACUGUGAAGCUCCAUAGGCCGGUACACUAUCAUGUGCUUAUGAGGCGGACUGACUCAUCGACGAUGGGAGUCAGCGUGGAAGCGCACACCAAACCGAAGUUGACCGAAGUGUUACAAACGGACCAGAACGUGCCAAGCAAGCGAGCCAGCACCAACGGAAGCCAGCAUUAUGUGAGUCAAGAGCACAUCCGCCGGGAUACGCCGUGUGAGUCUUCCAUGUGGAGCUUUGACUCGCUUGAAAAAUGUUGGCGAGCUUGUCCCAAUUGCACCCGCGAUGAGUCAGUGGCCGAUACAGUGUAUCAAACACUCCACAUAAUUCGGCCACUUUGAGUCAACUAAAGUCUGACUCAAUGCUGCUCCGCAAGCUACGAGUGAACCCAGAGGUUAAUCGCUGGCAACACCACUUGACCUGCUUUCUCCUAGAAGACCAGAAUGCUAAAAACACUCCGACGACGCCUAAAAUUUGGCAGCGGCUUUGCCGGGCUGUACGUUUUCCUAACCUUGUGGACUUCGUGCAAGCAUGGUCUCCCCUUGAUAAAAGGGCCGCAGCCUAAUGACGAACGUACGAAGACCGGGCACGGACUGCCUCCUUUUCGGUGCGGUGACCUCGCUUUGCGCACCGAAAGCGUCCGCCGUACAGUGGAGCGAGUUCGUCCGUCCAACUUCAAAGUGCUUUCGUCUCGCAAUCUCGCGAUCGAUUGCGCCCAACCUUCUCCAACGCAGAACUGCAAAACAAGUGUGUGUGUGUGUGCAAUGCCCUAUCACGCAGGGCUACUACAGCUUCUGCUGCUGCUACUAAUGGGCUACGCUUACUUGCGGAAGGAACUUCGCCGACUUCGCCGAGCCCUCCACGCAUCGACCAGAUCGUGCCGCGAAAUCAAUUCCGAGCGGAUGGUAGAAAUCAGUGAGUGGUGUAUGGUCUUUGUAGCCGCGAUGACGUCCACACCGUGGAGCCUCACAAGCAAAACACUGCGCAGCGUGAAAUCGAGCAGAGUGCAAAAUUUGCUGCAUACUCAAAAUUUGCAACCAAUUUGAAUGUGAGGCUUUGCACAAUAUGCAUCAAUGAAAUUCUGCUCUGGCAUCCCACGCCUGUUCGGAAACGCAUUGGCUUGACUCAUUGGAGCCGUUGACUCAUUCCGAAAGCUGUAGCUUCGUAGUCGCAACUGGCUGCAGCAUGAACUAUCGUUGACACACUCAUUUCCUGCUGGUUGCGAACAUAUUCUUCGAGAGGCGACGGUUUGCGGCUGGUUGCGACGCCGCUCGUAAUCCUGUCCCCAUGUGAGGGUGUCCAGAAGGCAGUUGUAUAGCGUUAUCCUUGCCUCAAAUUACUCCAAGCUUCCAGCUAAGCCAAAAUGAAGUAGAAUUCAUUCUCGAUUGCUAUCAACAGAAUGAACAUGGGCAUGACCAACGCCCGAAAAGGGUAACUAAAAAAAAUCAGAAAGAAUAUCGACAUAUUUCGGCAGAUUUUACACAAGC